AUGGAUCAGAGUCAGCUCAGAGAAGGAGUCCCUCUAUAUAAACCCAUUCGGAGUGGGAAACCUGGGAACCUGAGUGAAACUCCAAGGUAAGAUCAUCUUAACCUACCUGGACCUGAAAACAAUUCUGGGCACGAGUCCUGAUGGUUGUCCUGGAAAAACAACAAUCCUCAAAGUUUUCUUUUUCAAAUUAAAAGUUAAACUUCUUUAGAAACGUGCGUUAAUCGGACCUCAGAUGUUCUCAGUCCUCAGUUUGUCCCUCAGCAUCCCACAGAUCUGGACUCCAUAUUCAUGUUGCUCGAGGAAAACCUUUCAAACUUUAUGAAAACUGAAAUCAAGAGGUUUAAGAUGAUGCUGAGUUCAGAUUACCAAAGUGAGGAAGGUCAAAACAAGGACCGAGUGCUGGACAACGGAGUUGAAGAGCAGAGGAAGACCAGGAGAGAUUUGUUUCUGGAGAUCACCUUGCAGUUCCUGCGGGAGAUGAACAGAGGCGGCCUGGCUGACAGUCUGUGGAACAGAACUCAUGUUGCAGAGAGCACACAGAAGUUCAAGUCAAACUUUGCAGAGAGCUUCCAGGGCGUGUUUGAGGGGAUCAGUCCAGCAGGAGAUCUGAACCAGGACUACAUGGAGCUCCAUAUCACUGAAGGGGACACCAGAGAGGUCAGAGAUAAACACGAGGUUCAACAGAUUCAAACACCAUCCAGGAAACCAUACAGACCAGAAACAACCAUCAGGUGUGAGGACAUCUUUAAAGUCCCACCUGGAAGAGAUGGACCGAUCAGAACCGUGAUGACAAAAGGAGUCGCCGGCAUCGGGAAAACAGUCCUAACUCAGAAGUUCACUCUGGACUGGGCCGAAGGCAGAACCAACCAGGACAUCCAGUUCCUGUUCCCGUUCACCUUCAGAGAGCUGAACGUGCUGAAAGAGAAAAAGUUCAGCUUGGUGGAGCUCGUUCAUCACUUCUUCACAGAAACCAAAGGAACAUGGAGGUUUGAUGAGGUCCAGGUUCUGUUCAUCUUCGAUGGUCUGGACGAGUGUCGACUUCCUCUGGACUUCCACAACAACCAGAUCCUGACUGACGUCACAGAGUCCACCUCAGUGGAUGCUCUGCUGACUAACCUCAUCAGAGGGAACCUGCUUCCUUCUGCUCGCCUCUGGAUAACCACACGACCUGCAGCAGCCAAUCAGAUCCCUGCUGAGUGCGUUGCCAUGGUGACGGAGGUCAGAGGGUUCACGGACCCACAGAAAGAGGAGUACUUCAGGAAAAGGUUCAAAGACAAGAAGCAGGCCAGCCGGGUCGUCUCCCACAUAAAGACGUCCCGGAGCCUCCACAUCAUGUGCCACAUCCCGGUCUUCUGCUGGAUCAAUGCUACAGUUCUGGAGGACAUGCUGAAGACCAAAGAUGGACCAGAGCUACCCAAGACUCUGACUGAGAUGUACAUCCACUUCCUGGUGGUUCAGACCAAAGUGAAGCAGGUCAAGUACUACGGAGGAGCAGAGACAGAUUCACAUUGGAGUCCAGAGACCAGGAAGGUGAUCGGGUCUCUGGGGAAGCUGGCCUUUGAGCAGCUGCAGGAAGGAAACCUGAUCUUCUACGAGUCGGACCUGGCAGAGUGUGGCAUCGACAUCAGAGACGCCUCGGUUUACUCCGGAGUGUUCACACAGAUCUUCAAAGAGGAGCGAGGACUGUACCAGGACAAGGUGUUCUGCUUCGUCCAUCUGAGCGUCCAGGAGUUUCUGGCUGCUCUUCAUGUCCACCUGACCUUCAUCAGCUGUGGGCUCAACCGACUGGAAGAGAAACAGACACCACCCAAGGUGUCCAAAGUCUUUAAAAACAAACCUAAAGUAAAGAAUCUCCACUACAGCGCUGUGGACAAGGCUUUACUGAGCCCAUCUGGCCACCUUGACAUGUUCCUUCUCUUCCUCCUCGGGCUCUCUUUGCCAUCCAAUCAGACGCUGUUACGAGGCCUGCUGAUACAAACAGGAAAUGGCUCCCAGACCAAUCAGGAAACAGUUGAGUACAUUAAGAAGAAAAUCACAGAGAACCUGUCUGCAGAGAAAAGCAUCAACCUGUUCCACUGUCUGGAUGAACUCAACGAUGGUUCUCUGGUAGAGGAGAUCCAGCAGGUCCUGAGAUCAGGAGAUCUCUCCACAGAUGAUCUGUCUCCUGUUCAGUGGUCGGCUCUGGUCUUCAUCUUACUGUCGUCAGAAGAAGAUCUGGACGUGUUCGAUCUGAAGAAGUACUCUGCUUCAGAGGAGGCCCUCCUGAGGCUGCUGCCGGUGGUCAAAGCCUCCAACAAAGCUCUGUUGAGGUAUUGUGACCUCACCAAGAGAAGCUCUAAAGCAUUGGCCUCAGUCCUUUCCUCACAGUCUUAUAGUUUAAGAGAACUGGACCUGAGUAACAACAACCUGAUGGAUUUGGGAGUGAACCUGUUGUCUCCUGGGCUGCAGAGUCCAAACUGUAAACUGGAAACCCUUAGGUUGAAUUGCUGUGACCUUUCACAGGAAAGCUGUGAAACUCUGUCUUUAAUCUUCGGCUAUCAGAGCUCCAGUCUGAGGAGGCUUUAUUUAAACCACAACAACCUCCAGGACACGGGGGUGAAGCUGCUUUCUGUUGGACUGAAGAGUCCCCACUGCAAACUGGAGUCUAUCAGUAUGCAGGCCUGUAACCUGUCUGUGUACAGCUGUAAGACUCUGGGCUUGGUCCUGAGCUUCCAGUCCUCCAGUCUCAGAGAACUGGACCUGACCAACAACAACCUGGGGGAUUCAGGAGUGAAGCUGUUAUCUGUUGGGCUGGAGAGUCCACAGUGCAAGAUGGAGACGGUUGUGCUCUGCGGGUGCAAACUCUUCGAGAGGGGCUGUGAAGCUCUGUCUUCCGUCCUAAGGUCUCAGAGCUGUAGUCUGAGAGAACUGGACUUGAGCAACAACAACUUGAAGGACUCAGGAGUUAGACGGCUCUCCACUGGACUGGAGAGUCCACACUGCAAACUGGAAACUCUCAGACUGUCAGGUUGUCUGAUCACAGAAGAAGGCUGUUCUUCUCUGGCUUCAGCUCUGGGCUCCAACCCGUCCCAUCUCAGAGAGCUGGACUUGAGCUACAACCAUCCGGGACUCUUGGGAGAGAAGAUGCUGUCCACAGAACUGAAGGAUCCACACUGGAGACUGAUCUCUCUCAGGUUGGACUGCAGUGGAGAGCACAGGUUAAAACCGGACGUGAAGAAAUAUUUUUGUGAACCUAAGGUGGACACCAACUCAGUGCACAGGAAUCUGAAACUGUCUGACAACAACACGAAGGUGACGAUGGAGGAGGCGGAGCAGCCGUACUCCAACCAUCCAGACAGGUUUGAACCGUGCUGGCAGCUGAUGUGUAGAAACGGUGUGAGCGAUCGCUGCUACUGGGAGGUCGAGUGGACUGGAGGAGUUCUCGUAUCACUGAGUUACAGAGGAAUCCAACGGAAAGGCAAGAGUGAUGAGUGCAGGUUUGGAAGGAAUGACCAGUCCUGGUGUUUGGAGUGCUCGGACGUUUUUGGUUUCUCUGCCUGGCACGUUAACAGAGAAACCUCCAUCUCGUCCAUAUCCAUCUCCCACAGAGUAGCUGUGUAUGUGGACUGUCCUGCCGGGACUGUGUCCUUCUACAUAGUCUCCUCAGACACACUGAUCCACCUCCACACCUUCACCACCACCUUCACUGAACCAGUGUAUCCCAGUUUUGGUCUCUGGUCUGGAUCCUCGGUGUCCCUGUGUUCUUUAUAG